AUGUCCGUCCCCGCCGACGGAUGCGUCCACUGCCGCCAACCACAUCGCACCACCUGUCGCCACCGCCGUCUCCACCGCGCCUCCCGCCCGCGGACCGUGGAGCCCAUCGCGGGCCCGCACGGGCCCGUACCGCCACCGCCAAAGCCCGCGCCGCCGCCGCCCGCAUGCCCCGCGCGCCCGGGUCGCGCCACCUUGCCGGCGUUCGUCGUCCGCCGCCGCCUCGACCCCACCGGAGCGCGCCGCCUGUCGCCGAGCUCCUCCGCCGCCCUCGUGCACCACCACCGCCGUCCUUGCGCACCGCCGCCGCCGCCCGCGCGCCGCCCCGCGCCUCCGCCGCCCAUCAGACGCCGCCCGCGCCGCUCGGAGCCGCGCUGCUCGCCGCCAUCGCUCGCCUCGCCGACGACCGUCGCCCGCGCCCUGGUCGCGCCGUCCCCGCGCCUCCCCGACGUCCCCGCACCUCGCCGGAGUCGCCUCCGACCUCGCCGGAGCUGGGGUGGAUGA